AUGGCUCAGGCACAAAGUUCGGUAGUUAAAUGGGAUGAUGCGGACAUUAUCAAGCCAGUGAGAUUUCCAACUUUAGAAAAGACAGCUGAGAAAAUAGAGAUUUAUAAGAGCAAAUUAGAAGAGACUGGUAUUAAUGCGAGGGACGCGGAAGGCCUUCUAUUGACAUGGAAGGUAAGAAACGUGCGGCACCUUGCGGGUGGAGCAAGUCCAUUUGGGCGGGUACUUUUUUUCAGCCAUUCGCAUAUUUCUCUCGUUACCCUCUGGAGAUUUAUUUUCUCCUUAUUGGUAUGGAAGCCUCCGAGACAAGCCACACUACAUCGAUUUCUCGGCCUUUCGAACAGAACCAUCGUGGACUGGUACUCUUUUUACAGAGAAGUAUGCGUCCACGAUGUGUCCUCCCAAACCGAGAAACUCGGAGGGGAAGGCCGGGUUGUCGAGGUAGAUGAGGCAAAAAUCGGACGGCGGAAGUACAAUAAGGGGAGAAUAAUCGAAGGUCAAUGGAUCUUCGGGGGUAUCGAGAGAGAGUCUCGAAAAAGGUUCUUGGUACCGGUGGAAACACGCGAUAGUCAAACGCUACUUUCGGUCCUGAAGGAGUGGGUGCUUCCGGGGACAACGGUUAUUAGUGAUUGCUGGAAGGCGUAUGAUUGCCUUCAAACUGAAGGCUUUCAUCACCUGACAGUUAAUCACAAGUAUAACUUUGUUGAUCCCCAGACGGGCUCCCACACCAACACGAUCGAGAGGAUGUGGCGGGAGGUGCGCGCAAACGUUCCCCGGUACGGUGUUCGAAAGGAACACAUGGUCGGAUAUUUGGCUGAAUAUCUUUUUAAAGCCAAAUAUCCGGACAUGGGUUCUCGACUGCACCACUUUCAAGUUGCCGCUGCGAAUCUUUACCCUCCGGGUUACUAGUUUCGGAAAAGUUGUAUAUUAGCUGCAUACGCAAAAGGCCCUUUUAAGGUAAGUGUCUUUAUAAUAUAAGCUGUUGUAAUAUUUUAAUCUUAACUUGCAAUUUUAAAAAAUUAAAAGUUAUUUGUCUUUUUUCAGUAACAUAUCACACAAGGAACAGUUAUUGAUACACGAUAAAAGCUUUAUUGAUGGAGGAAAUGCAUUUCGGGUCUUAAUUGUGUUUUUAAAGAGAAGAACCACGUGAUGUGAAACAUGACUUCGUUACUGAUCACUGACGCUUCCAAAGUAUAGCAGAAAGAAUUAAUCCUUCUAUUUUCUAUUCGCUGUAGAUAUUGUGAAAAAUUUUUUAAUCAUUGUUUUAUUGUGAAAGCGCCAGAUCAUAAAAUAAAAGGUCGGCGUCUUGAUCAUUUUGAACUUUGUGUUACUUUUUUAAUAAUCUAUAUAUAAUGUUUUAAGAAGAUUUUUUUAUAUCUUCAAACUAAUUUGCUGUUACUUCUGAGUUGGUCUGUAAAAAGGAUAAAAAGAAAUAGACUCAAAAAAUUAUAUAUUUUUAUGUAUACUGAUUUAGUUUCAAAUAUAAUAAAUGUUUUUUCGUUUCUUAAUUUUAGUUACAUUCCUUUCUCAAACAUUUAAACGUUAACAAUAAUAUUAAAAGUUUAAUAACACUUUUCUAUAAAAUCUCUUUUUAAGAAAGUAAUUUUCUAGAAAAGUUUUAAGGCUGCUACACCCACGUUUGAGUAAAUUAUAAGAUUUUACUGCUUUUUAAGGACUUUGAACGUGUUAAGCGACAAUCAGUUUUUCAUUCCAAGUUUAUUCGACUCCAAAUAACAGGAAGAAACUUCCAAGUUUAACGAUUUGUUUUUAAGCUCGCGUUUCUAAAAAAUGAAUAACCAAAUCUUUUUAGAUAUCAAACUUUUACUAAGCGAACGUUUUCGUUACAUUUAAGCAUUAAGAAUCCAGCCAAAUAUCU